AUGGGUUCUCAUCAAAUUGAGGAGGUCGAUGUCUUGCUCGUUGGAGCUGGCUUUGCUUCUUUCACCCUGUUGAACCGUCUGCGAAAGCUCGGUUACAAUGUUCGCAUCUUCGAAAAGGGGUCUGCCAGUGGUGGUAUAUGGUAUUGGAACUGCUAUCCUGGUGCUCGUGUGGAUACCGAUACCCCCAUUUACCAGCUAUUUGACAAGGAGCUAUGGGAAGAUUUCACCUUCAAGGAGCGAUACCCAGGCUGGCAAGAGCUUCGCCGCUAUUUCGAACAUGUCGAGAAGAAGUGGAAUAUCCGCGACUACACCUCGUUCAAUAAGCACGUGGAUGGCGCCGUCUUUGAUGAAAGCCGUCGACAGUGGUUGAUCGAAUGUUCGGACGGCACCGAGAUCUACGCCAGGUGGUUCAUUCCCUGCAUCGGAUUUGCCAGCAAGCGAUAUACACCUCCAUUUCCUGGACUCGGCAACUUCAAGGGCGACAUCUACCAUACAGCCGUAUGGCCCCAGCACGGUGUUAAUUUGAAGGGCAAGCGAGUUGCCGAGGUUGGCACUGGUGCCUCUGGAAUUCAGGUCAUCCAGGAAAUUGGUCCAGUCGUGAAAGAGUUGACCGUUUAUCAAAGAACCCCCAACAUGUGCCUGCCAAUGAACCAACGCCUGCUUGAUCCUCAAGAAGAGGAGGAGAAAAAGAAGAACGGCUGGUAUGAGGCAGAGAUGGAGAAGACGCGCAACACCUUUGCUGGCUUCACCUACGACUUCCUGGAGAAAAACACCUUCGAUGACACGCCCGAAGAACGUGAGAAGACCUACCACAAGCUCAUGGUAGAGGACGGCGGUUUCAAAUUCUGGCUUGCCACGUACAAAGACAUGCUGUUUGACCUCAAAGCCAAUGAACCCGCCUACCACUUCUGGCGCCAACAGGUCUUAAAACGUGUCAAAGACCCCGAGAAACAGAGGCUUGUGGCCCCCGAGGUUCCUCCGCAUCCAUGGGGUACUAAACGCCCAUCCCUCGAACAGAGGUUCUACGAGGUGAUUGACCAGCCCAAUGUUAAGAUCAUUGACGUCAACGAGAAUCCUAUCGAAGAGGUUACUGCGACUGGUCUCAGAACCAAACAGGGUCUGGUUGAGGUGGACGUUAUAAUCCUGGCCACCGGCUUCGACUCGGUCACGGGUUCGCUGGCUCAACUCAACAUUCAAGGGACCAAGGGUGGGACGAUUGCUGAUCACUGGAAAGAUGGUACCAAAACAGCCAUGGGUAUUGCCAUGCCCGAAUUCCCCAACCUGUUCUUCUUGUACGGUCCACAGGCACCUACGGCUUUCAGCUCAGGCCCGAGUUGUACACAAUUCCAGGCUGAAUGGGUCGAGAAGACGUUCAAAGUGAUCAAGGACAAGGGCAUCACCAGGCUUGAAGCCACUCCGGAGUCAGAGGAAGAUUGGUGCAAGAGGAUGAACGAGAAGUGGGAUGCCACGUUAUUCCCCAUGGCCAAGAGUUGGUAUCAGGGCGCCAAUAUCCCAGGUCGAAAAGUUGAGCCAUUGAAUUGGUCCGGCGGAAUGGUUGAAUACGUCAACACGUUGAACCGCAGUCUUGAGAAUGAUCUGCAAGGCUGGAAAUACUCCACUGCCACGGCAUGA